CGGUAGCAUAUCCAGCAGGGGAAAGAGUAGUCCUCCCCGACACACUAGAUGCCAACCCAGAUCAGGGGAAGGGUGCAGAGAGGCAUUAUGGAAGGGGUUCUCAGUCAUGUAGAGGCUCAACACCACCCAAAUCCCCUCGCUACUGACGAGAAUCGAUCCAGAGUACGGGCUUCAGUGACUAGAUGUUACGACGAGGGGGUAUGCCCCAAUGACCUAUGCUUGGGUGAGGUGGUUGAAGACGGGGAAGGGAAACGAUUUGUCGUGAAUGGAUUAGUUAACGAGGUGAAAGAUCAAUUCCUAAAGGAGAGGUCCGUUCUAGUUAUAUUCCAGGGAGAAGCUCGCAAGUUGGCUAGAUCAGUCAAGGAAGAUUUGAUACGAGCAUAUAAGGACGGGUGGACAGCCAAAAGAUUGUUCGAUCCAGGUGUCAGACGAGGUCGAGUAAAGUUUGAAGGUCCAAAUGUUGCCUCCUACGUGGCGAAGGCAAAAGAGAUCGCAAAGUGGUUACUACGGGAAGGUGAACUAAAGAUGAAGUUGGAACUAGAGUACACAGUCCAGUUCAAGCCUCGCCUGUCCAAGCAGGAAAUGCAGAACGUGUGGAUACAAGAGGCGGCAACGAAGUUCUGGAUUAUGGCCUUGAGGGUUCCUUUUGAGGCAUACUAUUACCUGCUGAGCACAGUCAAGGGGGUUUGGGGGGAGGUUAUUGCAAUGCACAAUCCGGAAUACGACAGAGACAUGCCCAAGCUGAUGAAUGUGAAGUUCGACAUGCCGCCAGAAGCGCGUUACCGAAUAGAUGAUGACCUGGUAAUCGAAUCUCCAGAGGGGGAAAGGUGGAAAGUGGAAGUUGUAUCUCCUUACACUGAGUGGUGUCGUCAAUGCAGGUGGUACUACCACAUAGAGGAAAGUUGCCCCCGCCGUCAGACUGGCGAAAGCCAUAGGGUCAAUGGCAUGCGGCAGGGAGGGCACAAAGCACGAUUUCGGGAGUUUAUCUAAAGCCAAGUGAGACCAUCGAGAAGGGAGGCAAGAGGAGGGGAGGAGAUCACCCGGUCUCAGAGGCCGGCCCCACAG